AUGAUUUUCAACCACGCUGUCAUCGCGGCUACUGCCGUUUUCUUCGGCUACGCCACCGCCAACAACGGUGCUGUCGACAGGCUUCUUGCCCUUCGCGAGGAGCUAGCCGAGACCGCGACCGUGACCGUUACUGCCUCGGUGACCGUCACUUACCCGGGCACUGCCUGCGAGACCUCCACUGAGUCCGUCAUCGGCACCAGCGCGUCUGAGAGCAGCAGCACCCUGAGCACGAUCACUACGACCACUUUGACCACCAGCAGCUCGACUACCGGCACCUCGCCUAUCGUUACUGAGACCAGCUUCGACACGGCUCCGACCAGCACCUGGUCCGAGACCUCGUCGUCCAUUGCUGAUACUUCCUCGAUCCAGAGCUGGACGCAUACCUCUUCUGAGGAGGCUACCUCGCAGACCGAGACCAGCACUGCGGCCCCCCCUACCUCCAGUGUCAGCGGUGCCGGCAGCAACAAGGUCAACAUGGCCGGUGGCGUCCUUGCCGGCGGUGCCCUAGUGUUGGCUGUGGCCAUGGCUGCUUAA